CUAUCCCUACCCAUCUAUUCAAAGCUCUACGACUUCCUUACUGAGACCCACCUUGACUGUUUCUACAACCAUCGACCCGAAUCGCAUCCCUGCCGCAUUCCAUCAAAGGCAACAUUUAUCACGGCAUAACCAGGUUUGAUCUUGGGACACUGUUCCUAGACCCGAGUAAACUCAAUUAUAGCUUUCUCUUGCUGUUCUCGGUACAUUUCUGUUACGUAACGGCAUCAACAGAUAGCCUAACCCUUUGAUAGUUCAAUAUCGCAAUGCCAGACUCGAACACAUUCCUGGAUACUCUCAGUGGUUACAACCACGAUAUACACGCUAUCAGAUCCGAACACUACCCCCAGAUCACACCCUCCCGGUGCUACCUCGAUCAUGCAGGCAUGACCCUCUACUCAUCUACCCUUAUCCACCAAUCCUCGGAGUUCUUGCUCCACAACCAGCAUCUUUUAGGAAACACCCAUUCCCUGUGCAGUACCGACUUGAUCAAGGCUACCAAACAGCAAGUACUAUGUGACUUGUUUGGUGCGUCUGAUGACUACGACUUGGUGUUUGUGAGCAAUGCCACUGCUGGCGUUAAGUUGGUAGUGGAGGGGAUGUCGGAUACGUUUGGUCGCGCAUCUCUGGGUUGGGAUUAUGCUUACAGCAUUGACUCACACACCUCGUUGAUUGGUGCUAGGGAGUGUUCAUCCUCCUGGUCGUGUUUCAAGGUCCCUGGAAAUGUAACCCAAAACUAUGACUCCCAGGGCAGCUCCCCAUUAUUGGUCUCUUGGACAGGUCAGUCCAACUUCAACGGCCAAAGAUUCCCCAUGGACGAAUGGAACACAAUGUUCAAAGCUUUAAAAGGCUGUUUUACGCUAUUUGAUGCAUCCUCGUUGUGUACCACUUCUCCACCAAAGUUAACCUCUGAAUCGCCCGACUUUAUCGUAUGCUCCUUCUACAAGAUAUUCGGGUACCCUGACAUUGGGGCGUUGAUCUAUCGAAAGUCUGCCGCGGCCCAGGUUUUCCGGGGCCGGCGGUACUUUGGGGGUGGAACUGUGGAUAUGGUUUCUCCCUUUGAUUCCGUUGUGCAGAGAAAGGGGUAUAUGGUUACAUCAAGCAAGUGCACCUCGGAGAUUCCUAAGGAUUCCUCUCCAGUGCACCCCUCUCUUUCUAAUCUGGUAUCCUUUAACAGCGAAUGUCUUUCGGACGGCACAAUCCCGAUUCAUACCAUUUCACAGCUACACAUUGCCAUCAAAUCACACUUUGAGAUCUUUGGCUCAUUCAAGAAAAUUUCUUUGCAUGUUCUGGCCAUCACGGCGUAUGCCAUGCAAAGGCUCCAAAGCUUGAGAUACAGCGAUGCACGCCCCAUGGUGGAUAUGGUUACAACCACGUCAAAUCGUGGGCCAAUAAUUGCCAUGCUGUUGCUUGGUAAAGACGGCAACAGAUUGGGAUAUUAUGCCUUCAACCAAUUAAUUUCCCUCAAAGACAUCUCCGUUCGUGUGGGAACGAUGUGUAACAUCGGUGGCUCCUGUCAAUGGCUUGGUCUUACGGCUCAAGAUCUACACGGAUUUUGUGAAAAGGGCCAUAAAUGCGGUGACGCUAUGGAUAUAGUUGAAGGGAAGGUCACGGGAGUCGUGAGGGUAAGCUUUGGGGCUAUGAGCUGCGUGGAGGAAGUGGAUGUGUUUGUGCGGGAAAUUAAAGGGUUUUUGAGUGAUUCGAUGGAAGAGGCUCAGAAAAUUACACCUCCCUGUCAAACAGAAACCCCCGCGGACAAACGAAGCUGUCUCGCUGUAUUUGGAGACAAAUGCAUAGCUUUGUCAAACUGUCACGCGCCGAAGAAUGAAGCACGAAUGAUUUUGGAGAAAGAAGAUUGUUUACUGGAGCCCGAAGCAUGGCCCCGGUGCUCAGACAGUCCUGGGUACUCUUACGAUGAGAGAUCAAGCAGCUCCACCAGUCUGCUCUCGUGCAAAGAUCUGCUUGGUGAACUUCAGGCGACCAGCGGAUUCGUUUCGGUCACCAAAUUGACCAUUUACCCUGUUAAAUCAUGCGCUGGUUAUGAUAUCCCGCAGAAUGUCACCUGGAAGGCCAGCGGUGCCGGUUUGGAGUAUGACAGAAUGUUUUGCUUGCUUGAUCAGCUGCUCUCGCCGCUAAAAUUGAAAAACAACAAACGGAUGGUGCGCAUAAAGCCGACGAUUGAUGAAUCCGUUUUGAGGUUGGAAUAUACAUCUCCAGGUGGAGAAUGUCUAUCCACCGAAAUUCCUUUGGUGGACGAGCAGUUCCAGGAAAAGUACCAAGGAAAACUCGUUGACUAUAUCACGCCCACUGUCGGUUAUCAGUGUAUCCACGACAAAGAGGUGGACCAAUUCUUGCAAACGGUGUUGGAAACUCCACAUGUGCACCUCGCCAAAUCGACAACUUCCCUGUCGAUUCAGAACAAGUCGGGAUUUAUGGUAGCCUCACAGAAAUCGCUUGAUUGUGUUUCGCAGGAAAUGAGACGGCAUCAAGGUGAAGCAAAGCCGAACGUUAACCCUGCGGUAUUCCGUUCCAACAUCAUUGUUGACUCCCCGUCUUUGAUUCCGUUCGAAGAGGACUUAUGGACGGAGCUAGUACUUCCAGGCACCCGUAAGCGUGAUUAUGUGACAUUGAGGGUGCUGGACAGGUGUGACCGGUGCCACAUGAUUACGAUUGACCCGGAAACUGGUUCACGUGACAUCUCGGUCUAUUUGGAGCUUAGCAAGUUCCGGAAGCAGAACUAUAAGAUUUACUUCGGCUUGAAUGUCGAUUAUGUUAAAGGUGGGAGGUUUGAUAUUAAGGUGGGGGAUACCUUUCAGAUGAUCUAAGCCGGUUAACCCUCCUGUUUUAUACUUGGGUGAAAGCUAUUAUGGUAAAAGGUGAAAUGGUAUUUUUCAGUUGCUAAAAUAAUGACUUGCAAUACCGCGUUGCUUUAUUUAGACCCGCGGGUGAGGUUUCGUCACAUGCAACAUAGAACCACGGUUAAAGAAUUCUGUAGUACUCCUGGUUCUUAUAUACAUCGAUC